AUGCCCUUCCUCGACCUCGACCUCAAACCCGACCUCAACCUCGACCACAGCCUCAACCUCAACCUUAACCACGACCACGACCACGACCACGACCACGACCACAACAACGACAUAACAACCAUGGCCUCCGAGCAGGCUCCAAGCCGGGGGGUUGCCGCCGCUACGGCUUAUAAAGACACCAAAAUCCGGAGCGAGUUCGACUCCGAGGAGGCAAGCAUCAUUGGCACCUACGAUGUCAAAUGCCAGGAAGUGGAGGAUCGCUGGCCAGACAAGUGCCAAGGCGGCCUCACCAUCACCAUCAGCACAACGACGCAGCCUCACAUCUUCGUCGGUAACUUCCGCUUGGGCCCGCACAAGGGCAUAAUGCUCAUCUCGGCCAGAAAGUAUCGCAUCUCGCGGUACAGUGGUCAGCUCGAUGACAGGCGCCGCCGCCGGGAGAGGCGCGGAGAUCUACAAGAGGGCGGCGGCGAGGCCGGAGAGCCCGCCGCCGAGCUGGACGACGAGGCUGCCGAGCCGAUGCCCAGAGACGAGGCAGAGACCCCCGCUGCCGUCAUCACUGACCUCGACGAGGAGGUUGUCGAGGUCGAAGCCAUCGCGGCCGGAGAGGUACGCGCCGCCGGUAUCGUAGAGCUCAACGAGGAGGAUGCCGAGAUCGCCAUGGACGAGGCAGAGGCGCCCGAGGUCAUCGUUAUCGACAGUGAUAGCGACGAAGAGAGCGAUGAGAUGUCAAUCAUCGCGGAGGAAGAGGCGCCCAGCCCAAUCGUUAUCGACAGCGACGAAGAGGCGCCGGGCCCCAUCAUUAUCGAGAGCGACGAGGAGGCCGUCGAGGCGCCUACCAUCGAGAGAGAGGCGCCCAGUCCCAUCACCAUCGACAGCGACAGCAGUGACAGCAGCGACAGCAGCGACAGCAGCGACAGCGACAGCGACGAAGCGGCUGCCGAGGUGCCGGCCACGGCGGAGGGAGAGGCACACGCCCCCAUCAUCAUUGACAGCGACGAGGAGGUUUCCGAGGCGGCGCUGGCUGCGGAAUCAGAGGCGCCUGCCUUUGAAGAGUACCACGUUUGCUGCCGCGGCCGCGAGGCCGACACGGGCGACAUCCAGCCCGAUACCUGGGGCACCAUCGCGUUCGCCGACUCCAUGUACGAGAGGCUCACCGCCGACCUCGACCUGGGCGCCGCCGGCCGCUUCCGGCUCGUCGGCAGGAAGACGUCGGACCUCGAGAGCUGGCUGAAGGAGGAGGACUGGGCCGACGGCACGGAGGGCAGGCGGGACCCCGAGGUUUAUGAGAGGUCCGUCAGCCCCCGCCGCUCCAUGUAG